AUGCCCAAGGCGGCCCCGUCCUCCGCAACAGGGCGACCUGCGCUCAGGAGAAACCAGGCCUGCAGACAGUGUCGGAAGAGGAAACUGAAAUGCGAUGCUGCGCGGCCACAUUGUGGAACUUGCGUCAAACAAUGGCAGGCACUCGUCAGCGUUCCAGCACCAGUGGGGUAUACACAUCCCACAGAACCUCCAUGUUCGUACGACCCUGUCGAGGGCCUUCCACUCGCUCCAGACACCGACCCGAUAGAGAAAAUCAGGUUAUUGGAAGCUCAGAUUGACCACCUCAAGUCCAAACUGCUUGAAUCUCCUGAACACUCAGCCCGAUCGCUGUCACCAGGGAACAGGCUCCUCAAUGGGCGUGCAUCUCCGUCUCUCUCAGGCUCGAGCCGACUAGACAACGACAAUAGCCCAACUCUUCACGGUAUAGCGCUACCCCGUGCCUCCCUAGACAUGGCUACUCAUCGCAUGCCGACGGAUAUUAUGGACACCGGUCGUCCCGAAUCACGGUCCGAGGCCGACAGUCCCCAACCAUUCAUGAAUUUGCUUUUCUCGGGGUGGAAUCCUGAUCUGCCUGACCCGAACGUUCUGAUGCAUCUCGUGGACAUAUUCUUCAAAUGUGACCCGUGCGGAUCGCGCAUACUACAUAAGCCGUCAUUUAUGGCUUCCUUGCGUCUCCACCCAAAGGAUCAGGGGUUUCCCCACUCAGCUCUACUGCAUGCUAUCUGCGCAUCCGCAUCGCGAUGGGCGUCUCAUGACAUCGUGACCCUUGCUGACGGUACUCGACGGGAUCCAUUCGCAGAGUUUCACGCGAGCAAGACUCGGCAAUAUAUCGAUCGCACCAUGGCCAGCGGUCAGGACAUUUUCGAUGUUAUGCAAGCCUGUAUCAUCCUUUCCUGGUACUUUUAUCAGGAGGGGCGAUGGGUUGAAGUCUGGAUAUUUGCUGGGUUCCAGACCAGGGUGGCCAUACCGCUGAGGCUAAACUAUCCUGGCACGUUCACCACGCAGGGGAAUGCUUCCCCAGGGGCUUACUUGGCACCUCCGAGGGAUAUGCUGGAUUUGGAAUGCCGUCGCAGGGCAUGGUGGAUGACGAUGAUCUUUGAUCGCAUAGUUGCGGUGGGCGGUUGGCUCCAUAGCGUGGACGAAAGGGACAUCGGCACCGAGCUGCCGCUGCGCAACGAAGACUUCCUCACCAUCGAGGCACAUGUCCCGAGCAACCCACAAGAUCUUGCCUCGAAAGACGUUUUCGUCUGGCAUCCUCCUCAGUACACGGAUUCCUUCUUGCUCCUCCUGAAGUCCGUGAUGCUGUUCGGCAAGGUGACAGAUUACAACGUGCGGAGCAACCUACGGUCCACAUCGCCACCGUCGAAGAACCAAGACCCGUUUCAUCUUCCGGGUUUCGAGGAUUUAGACAAACUAGUCUGUACGGACUUUCUGGAAAACAUCCCUCAAGGGUAUAAACAGAACUACGGUGUUGGCGAUGUGACAACGGGCGUCGACACCGAUCUUUAUAUGGUCCACAUAAUCCCGCACGCUGCUACCAUUACCUUGCAUAAUCCGUACCUGGACUUCUCCAACCAGCAAUCCGCCUCUACCGCGCGCUGCAUCCAGGCGGCAAGAGAAAUCCUAUCCGCGUACUAUAUUCUCUCCGCGACGUCGCUGGACAUCACACGGUUACACCCGUUCGUUACGAUAUGUUGGUACCUGGCAGCCGUUGUGCAAGUACAAUUAUGCAAGUAUUUCAUCGAGCUUGGCGAUACGGAGCGAGAAUCUUCCGUGUGGGGAGAGAUCAAUGUACUCAGGUUUGCAAUGAUGGAAUACGGCAGUCGCUCGCCGAUCGGGACACGUCAAGAGAAGCUUCUCCAGGGACUCAUGUCAGAAAUCGUUCGCAUGACGACGCAGAAGGAGCCUCUGCAGGUCGGGAUUCCGCUGUAUCCGUUCUCGCACGCGCGAGUAUUCGCCGAUGCCCAGGAGACCGCUGCCGCUGCCGGUCGAGACGAUCACCAUAUCGCGCCGUUGCCCGUUAGCCCGCCUUACGAAGUCAUGUCUAAUCAAGGUUCGCCACCCGCAACAGCGAGAAUUGUUUCAUCCAUCUCGUCAACACCCAUGUCCACCAUGAGUCCGGAUCCGACGCUAUCGAGCUGGGGCGUCGAGACUGUAUGA